AUGGCAGACCCCUUGGGCGGCAUGGGAUCGAAUGGCAACUCUACGGCUCCCGCUUUGCGAGGCGCCGCCGGACCACAAGUGACAAGUAUGAUGAAGGUGGUGCCGCUUGCGGCUCCCCAGGCUAGGCUGCUGCAAGAGGCGGGCACCCCAGGGCAACCUGAGCUGAGACAACAAAGUUCCACUUCGCUCAAGACGGGGACCAGUGACAGUCAGUGGGGUACAUCGAACGGUCGCAAGUCAGCCAAGCAGGGUGCAUUCAUCGCACUUGGUAUGGGUGCUAUGUCUCUAUUGAAAGCCACAACUUUCGAGGAUGAGCAGUACUCUUUCAAUUGGGACUUUUCGUUUGACAAGGAGAACAGACCAAUGUGGCGAGAGGUGGGCAAAUUUGGAAUGGAGAUGCUUAAGGAGUUUUUCGCAGCCUCUCACCAGUGGGGGAAAUUUGCCGCUUAUCUGGGCCCGGGCGCCGUUUUUGCCUCGACUCUGUUGGACACAUUCCUUCCAGACGACGAGUUCACAGAAGCAGAUGCUGCCCGGAUGAUGGACGAGAAACUCGCCGCUUUCGAGCGAGAAUUCCGAAGGGACAUCAUGGAAGAUGUUUCCAAUCUCGUUACCUCAGAAAUCAAUCGGAACAGCCUGAGGGAGGCGCAGCUGGUGGUACGCAAGAUUCUUGAUGGAGUCUCUGUCUCCUCGGCAGGGAGUUUGCUUAACCCGGAUGCGUUUCUGGCGUUCGCAUGGCCUUUGGAGAGCGAGGUUAGCCGCGUGGUAGACUUGCUGUUCCUGCCCUGCAGGGACUCCGGCUGGGGUAGCCCCGAGUGCGAUACGCGCAAUCUAGCAGGCGCUGGCCUGCCUUUUGCGGAGCUUGUCAAUGUGCACAUCGGCUUGUUCGACGGCAUCGCCAAGGCUAUGCAGCAGAAGGCUCAAGAGGUGCGCGCAUCUCUGUUCGGCGUACCCGGACAAUGGUACAAUGCUCCAAAGCCUUCGGACAUUGGCAACGAGGUCCUCCGCGCUACCUUCCGAAACAUGGGCUGCCCGAACCCAGACCCGCCUCAGAGCUACUUCAACUAUAUCAGGACUGCGAGUUCGGACACGACCUCGGCCCUUGACCGUAUGCGCACCGAAACGUGUGAACCCUCUCUGGCGAGCGCAGCAGUUCCCCAAAAUCCAAUGGGUGAUGCUUUUACUUGUGAUACGAAGGUCGGCGGCGGCUGGAGGUUGGUACGCCGUACCACGGGGAACACCUUCUCGGAUGCCGACCGUCUGGAGGGCACAUCAGUGCAUGGAACUCCUUCCGGUGCAACAGGCGCCACAAGUUUCUCCACGAACUUUGGAUCCUUCAGCGAGUUCCUCUUUGCCACAGGGAAUUGCAAGUAUUGGAUGAUCAUGGACAAGUACGAGGUCUUGGACGACUACAAUUGGAAGCCGCGACGCAUCGAGAGGUCCCACCUGUCUGACGUCCCCUACAGCGCAGUCAUGAUUCGUCGUGCAGGUAGCCCGGAGGACCCCUGGCUGACCUUCGAGGAUCACCGUACGGGCCCCAAUGCGCACUGCACCUCCCUGUAUCAAGGGAACAACUUCGACCCGUGGUGUACCUACGGCGACCUUGGCGAGCUGAACGGCGGACUCAACGUCUUCGUUCGUUAUGCCCCGGGGACAGACACCUGCUGUGGCGCAGAGGGAUACGGCUGCGUCACUGAGUGCAAAGCUCAGACUGACCUCAGCUUUGGCUUCGUGAAACGCCUGAGGGAGAGGUUCAGCCGCGUGAAGGCCAAGUACCAGGCCCUCUACCCAAAGGUCCGCAACAACUUUCUGGCUCAGCGUUUGCGCGUGAUCAGCUGCAAAGGAGAAUAUGAACGCGGUUCUGGAUGCACGGAUCCAAUGGAUCCGACCACAAGGAAUUCUAACCGGUUCACCGAAGAGACCCCAUGGAAGGACGAGGUCGCGACAAGAAUCCUCCAAAGGUUCGAGGUCCUGGAUGCUCUCCUUUCAAGUCGCUUCGUGUUCAGUGCGGACGUUGCUACAGCAACAUUUCCAGGAGGGGGCUGGUUCAUCCAGAAGGACCUUCCGCUCUCACGGGGCUACGGUCGCCUCAUUGGCUUCGUACCACCUUUCAAAUACCACCCAAAGCUGCUCAUCAAUGGCGUUCAGCAAACUCACCAUGAUACGUAUAUGGUGCUCGAGGACGCUGGGCGUUGGUUCUUCCAUGACUUCACCUUCGACAAAAAGAGCUUGUCGAUUGACAACCUGGCAUUCGAUCCGUGCCCAAUUGGGAGUUGCGUGCAACACGGCAAGUUCGAGCUGUUGCAGGUGCAAGUGCAGGAGGAGCCCUUCGAUGAGUACCUCGGAUGGAGCGGGGCCGAUGGGUGGCACAAUUGCCGCAUUCCAGGUGCUGCCGCAAACGUCGCAGGUGCUGUUGAAUACCUCGAGUGUACCGGGACAGAAAGUGCGACGGUCAAGCUCCACGAAGCAGCGUUUGAGUGGGAGGUGAAGUUCUUCAUGCGCUUGGACAACCCUCUUCUUUGGUGGGACCUUGACAUUGAGUGCACGCCUUUCCCGUCCUCCCACGGUGAUGCCCGAGAGAGGUGUGAGGUUGGAAACGGCUUGGAUGAUGGCUUUUUCUACGUGUACAACGAGGGGCGGGGCAUUGGUGACGCAUCCGAAGUGCCAUGUCGUACCCACGGGUGCGAUUGCUGCAGAUUCUGGAAGGACCAGGUGAGCGCAGCCAUUGACAUCGAGCUCGCCCCACCUUUCGACUUCUCCCGUGGAAGCAAUCCUGUGCAUUCAGACCCGCGCGUGGCAGAGAAGCCGGCAGUCAUGCGGCUGGCGCUUAAUCACGGGCAUCCCAAUGGGGGGGAGUCACACUUGCUGCAAGAGUUUGGUGGGGCAGCCCACUUUCCGGGCAAACGGGACCGGUUGGUGCGAAAGCGCUUGGGAUAUUCUCCAGUGGAGCAUGGUAAGUGGCAAUCCUACACCAUCAAGCGCUCCGAGGGCCAGAUCAUGGUCUGGAUCGACGAUAACCUAGCCUGGUCACACGCUCUCCCGAUUGCCGCAAGUCAAGUGCAGUGGAGUGGGCAGGACUACGCCAGGUUUGACCUUACUCGCUACAUCCACAUUCGCCCUCGGGGGACCACUGGGUACAUUUGGGGCAUCACAGUGCAGCAUGCUGCCCAGGAGAUGGACGUCCAGGCUCGGCAUAGUGAUGCGGUGAAAUACUUCCCGGAAUUUGCAGGCUACAGGACCAGCCAAGGCUGGACACUGCGAGAGCUUCUGCGGUGCAAGUAUGGCGAAGAUGGGAACUUGCUUGCGGAGGGCUUGGACAACGACUUCCAGAAUCACAUACGGAACGUUCAUGGUGCCGGGCAGGCCUGGCUCAAUAAUCUACAGCUGGGAGGAGCGAGUCGUGAGCACUCGUUCCCCACUGUUGGAUGGGGGUAUUCCGGGGGCGCCAAUGAACAGGUUGAAGUUGGCGACACCUUCGUCUUUACCAAUGAUAAGACAAAGAAUUGCCCCGCAUGCAAGGGGAAUUCCGCAAAGAGAGUUGGCGCAUGGGAUGUCCCAUGCGCUUGA